UGGAGCUCCCCCUCCCCCCCGUGCCCUUUGCCCCGGAUGUCCAGCUCGGCCUUGCCGAGAGGUGGGGAGGAGCCGCCGGAGCCGGAACCUGCUGCUGGGCUGGCUGCAAACACAGUUGAACAGAUACCACUGAUACUGUCUGAUUCCAAACAAGAUGAACACACUGUCAUUGCUGCUAAGAUUCCCUCACUACCGUUUUCUUAGAAAGAUUUAUUUCAAAAGCUUCCACUCAAAUUUCACUCCUGGAUCAUUAUUUCCAUAUAUUCAAUCUUUUAAUUCAGUAUGCUUGUAUUGUACAAAGUGGAUGUUGCCAGCAAGUGAUUUGAAAAGAGGGAUGUGUUAUCAAGCAACCGUAGACCAACAAACACAGGGACUUUGUGACAAGGAACAGAGACUCGUAGACAAACUUUACAGUGGAUUAAUCCAAGGGCACAGAGCCUGCUUGGCAGAGGCCAUUACUCUCAUAGAAUCAACUCAGAGCAGGAAAAAGGAAAUAGCCCAGGUGCUCAUUCAGAAGGUAUUAUCCUACCACAGAGAACAAGAAAAGUUAAAUAAAGGAAAACCGCUAGCCUUUAGAGUGGGAUUGUCUGGUCCCCCUGGUGCUGGGAAAUCAACAUUUAUAGAAUGCUUUGGGAAAAUGCUUACAGAGAGGGGACACAAAGUGUCUGUGCUGGCUGUGGACCCUUCCUCUAGCACAAGUGGUGGCUCACUCUUGGGUGAUAAAACACGGAUGACUGAGUUGUCAAGGGACAUGAAUGCUUACAUCAGGCCAUCUCCAACCAGGGGGACGUUAGGAGGUGUGACUAGGACCACAAAUGAAGCUAUUCUGCUAUGUGAGGGAGGAGGCUAUGACAUCAUUCUUGUGGAAACAGUAGGUGUGGGGCAAUCAGAGUUUGCAGUUGCUGAUAUGGUUGAUAUGUUUGUUUUGCUGCUACCACCAGCAGGAGGAGAUGAGUUACAGGGUAUUAAACGGGGUAUAAUUGAGAUGGCAGAUCUAGUUGCUAUAACUAAAGCUGAUGGGGAUUUAGUUGUGCCUGCACGGCGGAUACAAGCAGAAUAUGUUAGUGCUAUGAAACUACUUCGCAAGCGCUCUAAAGUUUGGAGACCAAAGGUAAUGCGCAUGUCUGCUAAAACUGGAGAAGGCAUUUCAGAUAUGUGGGAUAAGAUGACAGAAUUUCAUGAUCUCAUGCUUACAAGUGGUGAGUUGAUCACCAAACGACGGAAACAGCAGAAAGUGUGGAUGUGGAAUCUAAUCCAAGAAAAUAUGCUGGACCAUUUUCGGAGUCAUUUAGCAGUGAGGGAUAAGAUUCCACUUUUAGAAGAAAAGGUUCUCAGUGGUGUCUUGGCUCCAGGGCUGGCAGCAGACCUAUUACUGAAAGCAUUCAAAGACAGACCUUAAGAUCCCAUGUUCUACUGUGUCAUUGAUCAAUUUGCACAAAUUAUUUAAACAUUAAAUAAAAUUUUCCGAAGCAUGGCUUCAAAUCUUUUACUGCAGCAUACUUGAAUGUAGCUCUGACUAAAUUUAUUUUCUGACUCAGGCAAACAUAAUGCACAUGAGGAACAAAGCUAGUUUCUGGGACUACCACAGAUUAUAUUCAAAAAGAAAAAUGUAAACUUCUAAAACUCUUAUUUAAGUACAGCAUAGUUAAGGAUGUUUUAAAGCUUUUAGAGAGAUUGUAAUAGAAAUUGUUAAAACAAAAUAACUUUGUGGUACCAUGUGUCACAGUAAGCUAGUUUUGCCUGUGUUCCAGAUAUUUCAGCACUUGUCCUGUUAUAUUUACCAACAAAACCCCCAUACAAAACAAGGGUAGGUGUAACUAAAACUGCUCUUGGGCUCAUCUAAAUGUCUUUCAAUGGAGGGGACAUCUGUUUACAUGACUGUUAAAUUUUACAGUGCAUCCAUGACCUGUCUGUAUAACUUACCAAAAACCUGAUUCAGUCAACACUUACAGCAGUAAGCACAUUAAAGGAUGUCUCCAAAGUCUCAUUUACUCAACAAAAAUAAUCGUUUAAACAUGGCUAUAGUAUAACACAGCUUACUGCCGCUGGAGCCUACUGUGGUUUAAGCACACUGUUAGGGCCACAAUUAGAGCAUGUCCAUGUUACAGAUUUCAGCUCUGGUAUAGCAGUAGAUGCUGCAAGGGGAGCUGUUGCCAGCAUGUAUCAUUGCCCAUCUCCUCACUGUGAGUGACAGCAAAAUCAUUGGGAACUGCAUAAUCACCUAAGCAGAACCUGUUCUUUUGUGUUAUAAACAAAUAUAGCAUUGAAGCAGCCCUGCCUGGGAGCCAUAUUUAUCCAAGGAAAUACCCUAUUUUUCUCCUGAAUAGAAAUUUUUUAAAACCAAAGAUGAAGUUACAUUAGGUAUCUUUUCUUUAAUAUAGCUAAUGAUAAAGGAUUCAAGUGGAACCCACAUUAGAGUUUCUUUAGUUAUGGAAAUGCCUAUCUUUAUAAUUAACUAUCUUAAAAUACAAAACAAAACUUUGUCUAUAGUGAUUUAAGGCUAUUUGGCUGGAUGAAAGACCGUUAGUUUCUAAACAAAAUGACUUUCUCCUGUUGAAUUCAACUUAAAUACUUUGACUAUUCAGGAGGUAUAUGCACGUUUUGAUAUCCUUUAAUAAUAAAUUGGAGGCUCUUCUAAAAUAUUAUUUGGGAAACAUGGUGUAUUUGGCAGAAAUUUAUUAUUACAGAAAAAAAUGCCAAUUUUGGAGACUGCAGAAAAGCAAUAAAACAAUAAUUGGAGUUCUAUGAAGAAUUCUUCAUAUCUUGUAUAAGUAAAUUGAAUUUUUGAAUUAUGUUAAAAGCUGCGAUAUGUUUCCUUGGCUUCCCUGACAAACUUGAUUUUGCAUCUAUAUUUAUUUCUCUAGAUCUUCAGGUUUUUUUAAACUUUUAGCUAAAUCGUAAUACAUCAGAAAAGUUACCUUUAGCUUUUGAAGACGCUAGGAGAUUUUUUUUAUCCUUUAUCUAACAAGGAUUCUUUGUCUAACUCAUGCUACUUUAAUUCUUAUUGCCAGGGUUAAAGUUAGUUCUCCUGUCAGGUAAUAGCUGUUGCCUUAUUUUCCAGUACACUUCAUUAUGGUAAAAAAGGAUAAAAUUGGAUGGAAGGACCCCAUCCUGCAAACAUGCAUUUGACUAAUUUGUUCACAGGACUAGCCCUACUGAAGUACAUUUUCAGGGCUAUAUUAUAGUACUGAACAGCAGGACAACAAUGGUUUGGCUGGUGAGGGGUUGAAAGGCAGUUUCUGUAUGGAGAAUAUUUGCACUCAUGUAACUGAUUUUAGUUAUACUGGUGCAAACCACUAAUGUAGUUUAGCUGCACCAGUGUAAAAUUAUGCUUAAACCACUGUUGGUAACACAUGAAAUUAAGUUACUACUGCCUAAGAGUGGACAUCUACACUGGAGCUAGAGCCUUAAUUUCCAACUUGAAUAGACAUCUUCACAGUAGCUCUGAUCAAGCUAGUGCGCUAGACGUAUCCAGGGCACAACAGCUAGUUGCCCUCUGUACGAUCCUGUCAGAAACCCUAGGUAUGUACUUAGGUUGCUAACCCCUACUGCUGCUCAUGCCAUUGCUGCUAUUUGUAGCAUGGGUAUGUCUACUGGAGCUGGAAAUUGUACCUUCUAGCUCCAGUCUAGAUGUACCCAUGCUAACUCUGAUAGGAGAAGGAGGGCAGAAACACAAGUGCUUUACUAUGACAUCAUCAUUGGUCACAGUAUAAUGCUCAGUUGCACCCAUGUGAGAGGAAGCUGUAUCAGCUAGAGCAUGCCCCAGAUCAAAAGCCAGGGCUUUAAACCC